AUGAGCUAUCGUCGUUACAUAGAGGUCACGUGUGAGUUCAUCUUUCCAUUCCAAGCCAUACUCGGAGUUGGAGGCAAUUUCAUUAAUUUGCUUGUAUUAUUAUCAAAACCAAUGCGUAGUAGAACGAAUAUCAUGCUGGCUUUUGCUGCUAUUUCGGAUAUUUUAUUUUUAUGUUCAAUGAUUCCGAACAAUCUAUCGAGAAGACAUGACUGGGUGUAUGAGAGAUGUUCAGACUUCAACGGAAGCAUGGCAGUAGAGAAAUCUUGUUUGACGGAUUUCGCCCAAUUUUAUAUAAAGAACAAAUCACACUUCACUUUCUUUCUCAAUUGGUUUUCAGGAGCUAGUAGUUGGUUAAUGGUAGCAGUGUCAUUCGAGCGAUUGUGGGCUAUCAAGUCUCCCUUCUCGGCCAGAAUAAAUCACAAAAGCUGCUCAUACAGAGAGUGGAUAACCAUCCCAGGUAUAUUCUUCUUCACAGCUUUGAUCACAUUGCACAUGAACUUCACAUUUGGUGUGACAGGCCAUACAGAGGGAGAACAGAAGAUGGUGGCGACUCAGAGUAACACUGUUGUUACCUUUUUCAUAACUGUAAACGUCUUGUUUCAAAUACUGCUGCCUAUGAUUCUUCUGAUAGUUGUGAAUGCUUUCUUGAUUUACUAUCUGCGCAAUAGAAGACAGUUCCUCGAGACUGCAACAUCUGCACGAGAAUGCUCUUCAACUAUAAGAUCAAGUAUUGUCGAUUCAUCAUUACGCGCCAGCUGUGACGAGACUCCACCUCUUCUCGAGCCUGUACGGAGGAAAUCUACUGUAGUCAGUAGAAACGGUUCUAAUAAUAGUAGCACAUGGGGUCGCCAGUUAUGUAAAGCUGAACGUCAUAUAACAGUGACAGUAGCUGCCAUAGUAUCAGCUUCAGUCAUUACUCAUGUUCCAUCGGCAAUACUAUCAGCCAAUAUGUAUAUAUUCAACUUGAACAGUAUGCUAGGUGAUCGAAACUGGUAUACAUGGAUCAUUUUGUCUUCUUCAGUCGUAGUGAGUGGGAAGGUUGCAAACUUUUUUCUCUUCUGUAUGAGCAGUAAACACUUCCGCAGACAAAUGAAAAGCAAAAUCUGCUGGCUGUCUUGCUUGUUCAAACGGAGGCACCGAGAUGGUAAAACUCAUACCAGGUGUUUCAGAUCAAUCCCGCUGAACCAGAUAGGAGACUCUGCAAGUAAUGUUCCACCAAUAGAAGCAUAA